AUUCGGUUUAUUGUGUUCUUAAUCGUUGUGCCGCUCUUGUAAACACGUGUGAACCGAACAAUUAAACACAUUGAGUGUGGUACGAAGGCGACUUAUAAUUUUUCUUUCCAUUCGAAAAGUGUUCUUACUGAAAUGAUUUCACACAGAAAUAUGACAGAGUUUGAAGUGGAAAGCAUGUCAGAAGGCUCCGAGCCCGAAGAAGAAUUGGAUGAUUCAGAUUUGGAGUUGCAAGAGGCUUUUGCUCGUGGUGAUUUGAAGCCCGGUUUGAACGUGGAAGUCAAUGGUGGUAAAAGAAAAGCCGUCAACAAUAUUCUUGGUUUGAAGCAGAAGUUGGAUAGUUUUAAAUUGGAUUUGCCAUGGAUUGAGCGCUUGGAUAUUAUCAACGAUUUGGCACCAUUGGCUCCGGAGCAGGAGCUUCAAUUGCAGAAAUAUGAACACAAACGGGCAAAUUUAUUUGCUGGAAAUGCAAAAAUCAAAUCAUUCACACCGGAAGAAGAUCCAGUACUGAACGAUUUUCGCCGUGAAAUGUUAUUUCAUCGUCAAGCGCAGUCAGCCGUUGUGGAGGGCAUCAAACGUUUACACGAUUUAAAAAUCCCAACCAAACGGCCCGAUGAUUACUUUGCUGAAAUGGCCAAAACCGAUGAACACAUGCAAAAAGUGCGUGAGAAUUUAUCAGCCAAACAACAAGGACAGGCCAAAUCAGAGCGUCUCAAACAGAUUCGUGAACAACGUAAAAUGGGUAAAUUGAUUCAGCGACAGGCUCGUGUGCAAAAGGAGACCGAAAAACGUGAAAUGCUCGACAAAUUGAAGAAGUUCCGCAAGGGAAAAUUAAAGAAUUUGGACUUUUUGGAAGAUAAUCGCAAAUCAGGCGGUGCUAGUGCUGGUAAACGAACGGCAAGAGAUAAGAAAUUCGGUUUUGGCGGUAAAAAACGCGGCUUGAAGCGAAACACGAAAGAUUCAUCGAUGGACACGGGUGGUUCGAAACCGUUCAAUGCAUCGCGUGGCGGUAACAAAAAUAAAAAACCACCAAAACGCUUAGGCAAAAAUAAACGAGUCAAAGCAAAGGCCAGAGGUGGAAGAUAAACUUUCUCUUUUUACUUUAUUCUCUUUUAGAACUCUAACAAAAUGUAAGAUAACGCUGUCAAACUUAAAAACAAAAAUAAUAAAGAGACAAAAAAAAAUUGAAAAAACAUCCAA